UCUUAACAAAACGCCAUUUUAAUCUUUCCGCUCCGCGAUUUCUUAACAAUAUUAACACAAGUGCAUACGCUCGAUUCUAUAUCGAUUAGGCAUCUUUCAACAAUUCGAUUGGUCACGAUCGAUUAAUCUGUGGGCGAUGGAGAAUGCUAAGAAAUUCAGUCGAAUGCGCUCGCUGGGAAUAGUCACGGUAGGGGCCAGCGCCUUGCUGAUGGGUAUUACGGCGUACAACAACAAGGACCGGUUUUUCCGCACUUUUGUUAUGCCGGUCGUGCGUCUGCUGCCGGCAGAGGCCAGCCACAACUUGGCUGUGUUGGCGUGCAAAUAUCGCGUUUAUCCAGUCUCCGACUACCAAGAUGACGUCAAUUUGAAUACCCACUUCUUCGGUCGUCUGCUGAGCAAUCCAAUUGGCAUCGCCGCUGGAUUUGACAAGAAUGCCGAGGCCAUUGCCGGCCUGAAAGAUUUAGGCUUUGGCUUUGUUGAGGUAGGCACUGUCACGCCCAACGCCCAGGAGGGAAAUCCGAAGCCUCGAGUGUUCCGCCUGUCUGAAGAUAAAGCCAUCGUAAAUCGUUAUGGAUUUAACAGUGAUGGCCACCAAGCUGUUCUCAAGCGACUAAGUGAGACGCGAAAACAGGAGAAUUUUAAUGCCGUAGUGGGCGUAAACUUGGGACGCAAUCGAGAUACCAUGACACCAGUCUCUGACUACGUGCAGGGAGUCAAGGUCUUUGGUCCCGUGGCGGACUACCUUGUAAUCAAUGUGAGCAGUCCCAACACGAAAGGGCUUAGGGAUAUGCAGAGUAAGGCGAAGCUGGCCGAGCUGCUCGAACAAGUGAACGAGGCGCGGUCGGGUCUGGAAAAGAAUCGUAAUGUCCCGAUCUUGCUCAAGCUGUCGCCGGACCUUGAGGUCUCAGACCUGAACGACAUAGUGGCCGUCAUUAAGCGCAAAAAGAGUCGCGUGGAUGGUCUCAUUGUGUCCAAUACGACAGUGUCGCGGGACAAUCUGCAGGACACCAAUUGGACCGCUGAGGCGGGCGGACUGAGCGGAGAACCACUCAAAGCGCGCUCCACAGAGAUGAUUGCCCAGAUGUACCAGCUCACCAACGGAAAAAUUCCCAUAAUUGGCGUUGGCGGCAUCUCGUCCGGGCAGGACGCGUAUCAGAAGAUUGAGGCAGGCGCUUCGUACGUCCAAAUCUACACUGCUCUGGUCUACGAAGGACCAUAUCUCGUUGAGCAGAUCAAGGACGAGCUCUCGAAACUAAUCACCGAAGGGGGACAUUCCAAUGUACAGGCAGUCGUUGGGACAAAGUCAAAGUCCUACCUACCCAAGUAAAAAACACAUUUUUAGGCACUAAGAAGGAAACAAUCGAAAUAUUCGUUUGGUUCUUGUAAACGCAAUUAAAACUCUUUAAGACAUCUA